AGGAGGUAAGACACUGGGGCCACGGUGGCCAGCCUCCCAGGCAGGGACAUUGACAAGGGCCAGGCUACUUACCUUCCACCGCUCCAAGGAGGAGUCAUGGCUGUGUGGAGAGGAAUUUCUGCCCUGAACAUCUGUGCACUCGGCCAGCAUAGCGGGAACUCCGCCACUCAGACAUAUGAUUCACAUCAACUGUGUUUUUCACGAGUUUUAGAGACUUCUUUUUCAAAGCAAGGUUGACGUCAUUAUGAAGGAACUUUUUCCUCAUAGGUUCCAACUGAGGUACCGCUGGAAGUGGCAUCGGACAAGACCUUCAGAGUAGCUUUUCUUUUUUAUUUUUCUGUCCUUCUCCAGAGAUAGUUGUAUGGCCCCCCUUGAGUGACUUCAGUUUCCAGUCCUAUGGAUUGCUCCUCUGCAAAAUGAAUUGAUAAAACCAUGUGCAUCUCACAAGUGUGGAGGCAUCGGUGAGAAAACCCCAACCCAGGCCCAGCCAAUCUUAGUAAGGAGCAGCGUGAGCUGUGGCAUCUGUGGAGGCCGCGCCCCAGGACUGGCAGGCAGAUCCUCCUUCCUUCGUGUGGGAGUCGGGGUGCGGCUCCCAGGAGAAUCUCUGUGGAGCUGAGAGGCGUGAGAGGACAGUCGGGUGCAGCCCUGCUCAUCUGCUGGCUCCUCUGCUCCUGUCGGUCUCCACGUGUACCAGCCAUGGGAACCCUUGUUGGACACUUGCUGCCAGCAAUAGGCUUUCUUCUCAUCUCACUCUACUACGCAGUGUUGCUGUCCCUGGCCCUACUACGGGGACACAGGGUCCUCAAACCCCCUCUGCCCCCAAAGGAGAAGCGAGGACACAGUCUGUGGCAGCGGGAACCACUGGAAGGAAUGGUGAAGGUGGUUUUCACUUUUACCGGCAUCUUAGGUGAGCUCUUCUACCCCCCGGGGGUAAACAGGACGAGGCUGGUAGAUUGGGAUGACCCUCAACGGCCGUUUUUGUUCAAGGAUGGCUGGCAGCACAUCACCAUGUACUCCUUUUUUAUGUUCAGUGGGGUGGUGGACAUUGUCAGCCAGCGGUGUCUGGCCCGGCAGAAUGUGAAGUUGGAGCGGGCAGCCGAGGCCCUGGCCUUCUACGUGGUGGUGCUACUGAUGGCUACCCACAUUGAGAACAAGAACACCUUAGAGAUCCGAGUGCAUGUCCUGUUCAUGGUGCCCACCUUCCUGCUAGCCCUGAUGCUCAACAUCGAGGUCUGGGUCCCAGACCAGCUCGCACUCUGGGUGCUCAAGACCUGGAUGGUGCUGGUGCUCAGCAGCUGGCUGCUGCAGCUGUGUGUGGUGUUGUACGCUCCUCCCUCCGGACAGCCCUGGCGGGCCGACAGCCCCACGGACAUGGCCUUUCUGACCACCUUCUUCUGCUGGCACCUGGGCUUAAUGGCUCUCCUGCUGGCUGCUAUCUAUGGCCUCUGCAGCCUGUGGGUUCGUCGCUACUCUUCCUGGAUGGCAUCUCCAGGGGUCAAGUACAAGAUGUGCCCCACUGAAGCCAGCAGGGAAGAGCUGGAGAGGCUCAGGCAAGAGGAUGAGCUGCAGGAUGGAGGUGUCUAGGUGCAGAGACUUCUUUGUGCUUUGUCUUUGGUAAUGAGUUUCAAGCAUUCUUGUGGCACAGAUAACAACAAAUGUUCUGGAAUCCAGAGUGUGGCUUCCUAUCUGGUGUUCCCAAAUAAACCUCCCAGCUCAAGGGUGCCUUUUAUCUGUCA